GGGAUGGCGCAUUUUCUUGCACCGAGUAAUGCGGUGUUGCUGGCGGCUGAGAAAGGUGGAGAGUUCUGUGGUGAAGUAGUGGGAGGGACCUAUGUAGGCGUUCGGUGGAGCCUUGGUCUGAACUACAAAGUAGGAAGUUGAUGCUGGGUACUGCUACUCCCGGACCGGCAGCGUGAAAGUUGUGAUAUCACCGUUGAACCAUCAGCUUUGAAAUUUAAAAACCAUGGAGAAGACUCAAGAAACAGUUCAAAGAAUUCUUCUAGAACCCUAUAAGUAUUUACUUCAGUUACCAGCACAAGGGGACGUUCAGGGCCCACCAGUGAAAGGCAAGCUCUCUGGUAAACAAGUGAGAACCAAACUUUCACAGGCAUUUAAUCAUUGGCUCAAAGUUCCAGAAGACAAGCUGCAGAUUAUCAUUGAAGUGACAGAGAUGUUGCAUAAUGCCAGUUUACUCAUCGAUGAUAUCGAAGACAACUCCAAACUCCGACGUGGCUUUCCCGUGGCACACAGCAUCUACGGAAUUCCAUCCGUCAUCAAUUCUGCCAAUUACGUGUAUUUUCUUGGCCUAGAGAAAGUCUUAACCCUUGAUCACCCAGAGGCAGUGAAGCUUUUUACCCACCAGCUUCUGGAACUCCACCAGGGACAAGGCCUAGAUAUCUACUGGAGGGAUAAUUACACUUGUCCUACCGAAGAAGAAUACAAGGCUAUGGUGCUGCAAAAAACAGGUGGGCUCUUUGGAUUAGCAGUGGGUCUCAUGCAGUUGUUCUCUGAUUACAAAGAAGAUCUCAAGCCACUACUUAAUACACUCGGGCUCUUUUUCCAAAUUAGGGAUGAUUAUGCUAAUCUGCACUCCAAAGAAUAUAGUGAAAACAAAAGCUUUUGUGAAGAUCUAACAGAGGGAAAGUUCUCCUUCCCUACUAUUCAUGCCAUUUGGUCGAGGCCUGAAAGCACCCAGGUGCAGAGUAUCUUGCGCCAGAGAACCGAAAAUAUAGAUAUUAAAAAAUACUGUGUACAUUAUCUUGAGAAUGUAGGUUCUUUUGAGUACACUCGGAGUACUCUCAAAGAGCUUGAAUCUAAAGCCUAUAAACAAAUUGAUGCACGUGGUGGGAACCCUGAGCUCGUAGGUCUAAUAAAGCACUUAAGCAAAAUGUUCAAAGAAGAGAAUGAAUAAUAUUAAGCCAUUCUUGAUUAGGCCUGGGAGCUUAUUUUGGUUGACUUUUUUUGUUUUGUCUUUUAGCCUUCACUUUUUUAAAAUUUAGAAUCAAGCUGUUAAUCUCCACAAACCAAGUGAACUGGAGUGUGUGAGGUUGUUUCAAUUUAGAACCAUUUUGUACAGAUAAUAAUCAUAGUACGAAGUUGAUGGAAUCAAAAGGAGCCACAUACAAAUAGGUCUUAUCUGAAUGUCAGAAUGUGCUGUGUUGGGACCUUAUGGACAACUGCCACAAAUGUUCUGCUAAUUCUGUCAAUAAAGAAGACUUCAGCUUCCAGGAA